CCGAGCCGUGCGUCUUUACGCUCAGAGACCAGCCAGUCCUGAACACACUCUCUCUCUCUCUCUCUCUUCUUCUUCUUCUUCUUGGUCCCACUGCAGCUUCAUCCGCGAAGGAAGGCGCGGCGGAGGACGACCCCUCACUUCACCGAUCGAGUGACACCCGGACGGGGAGAUACCUCCAGUGUCAUUUCACCAUGAAGGAGACCCGGACAGAGUAACUUGCGCGCAGACCCGGUGCGGGCAGUCCGGCUGUCAGAGAGGACGCGAGUCUUCAUGAUGCCCCGAUAAACUCCCCGGUUUUCUCCGAAGGGUGGAUUUUGCCAUCUCCUACGAGAAAGGAGACGAGCAGAAAGGGCUUUUUUUUUCCGCCACCAGCCCGUUUCAGUGUUCAGAUGGACCGAGUGCCUCUGGCACUGGCCGCAAAGAUGCGCUGGAUCGCGCUCGUGCUCGCCGGCUUGACUUUUUGGGGCAAAGUGACAAUUUGUAACUGUUUAGACUACGAGGAGCCAGACUAUGACUACUAUGAAGAGGAGAAAGUGGAGACCAUUGACUACAAGGAUCCGUGCAAAGCUGCUGCGUUUUGGGGCGACAUCGCUUUAGAUAUAGAGGACAUGCACAUGUUCCAGAUCGACCGGACGAUAGACCUGACGCAGCACCCAUACGUGCUCUCAAACUCUCGAGUCGGUCACACGUCAGGUGGCCAGGAUGAGCAUGAAACUGUGAAGAAGAGAGGAUCAUUAUACCAACUCCUGGAAAGCAUACAAAGAUCUGGUGUCGAAAAGCCCCUCAAGAACGACAGCCAGGUAUCCGCGAAUCACCAGAGCACCACCGGGAAGAAUGGGAAAAGUGGCAAAGCUGCGAAGAGUCGCAGUCGCCGAGCGGCCACAUCCCGAGCUGAGAGGAUAUGGCCCGGGGGAGUCAUUCCCUACGUCAUCGGAGGAAACUUCACCGGCAGCCAGAGAGCCAUGUUCAAGCAGGCCAUGCGUCACUGGGAGAAACAGACGUGCGUGACUUUCAUUGAGAAGACAGACGAAGAAAGCUACAUAGUCUUCACCUACAGACCCUGCGGGUGUUGUUCCUAUGUGGGUCGUCGUGGCAACGGGCCCCAGGCCAUCUCCAUCGGAAAAAACUGUGACAAGUUUGGGAUUGUGGUUCACGAACUGGGCCACGUCAUCGGCUUUUGGCAUGAGCACACGCGUCCCGAUCGCGACGAUCAUGUGACGAUCAUCCGGGAUAACAUCCAACCAGGCCAAGAGUAUAACUUCCUCAAGAUGGAGCCAGGGGAGGUGAACUCUCUUGGGGAGCCAUAUGAUUUUGAUAGUAUCAUGCACUACGCCAGAAACACCUUCUCACGUGGGAUGUUCCUCGACACCAUCCUUCCAUCCAGAGAUGAAAACGGGGUCCGGCCUGCUAUCGGCCAGCGGACCAGGCUCAGUAAAGGAGACAUUGCACAGGCAAGGAAGCUGUAUAGAUGUCCAGCAUGCGGAGAGACGCUCCAAGAGUCAACGGGCAACUUCUCAUCCCCCGGUUACCCCAACGGAUACCCGUCAUACACGCACUGCGUCUGGAGGAUAUCGGUUACGCCGGGAGAAAAGAUUGUUCUUAACUUCACCACUAUGGAUCUGUAUAAAAGCAGCCUGUGCUGGUAUGACUACAUUGAAGUUCGGGAUGGAUACUGGAGGAAAGCUCCCCUGCUCGGCAGGUUUUGUGGGGACAAAAUUCCCGACGUCUUGAUUUCAACCGACAGCAGGAUGUGGAUUGAGUUCCGCAGCAGCAGCAACUGGGUUGGAAAAGGGUUCGCCGCCGUUUACGAAGCAAUCUGUGGAGGAGAAAUCACCAAGGACUCGGGCCAGAUUCAGUCUCCCAAUUAUCCAGAUGACUACAGGCCCUCUAAAGAGUGUGUGUGGAGGAUCACCGUGUCCGAGGGAUACAAUGUCGGGCUCAGCUUCCAGGCCUUCGAGAUCGAGAGGCAUGACACCUGUGCGUACGACUACCUGGAGGUCCGGGACGGACCCCUGGAAACAAGCCCGCUCAUCGGCCGGUUCUGCGGCCACGAAAAACCGGAGGACGUCCGCUCAACGUCGCACACCCUGUGGAUGAAGUUCGUCUCGGAUGGGACGGUGAACAAAGCCGGCUUCGCCGCUAACUUUUUCAAAGAGGAAGAUGAGUGUUCCAAGCCGGACAAUGGUGGAUGUGAACAGAGGUGUGUAAACACUCUCGGCAGCUUCAAGUGUGCCUGUGACCCGGGUUACGAACUGGCCUCCGACAAGAAGAGCUGCGAAGCGGCGUGCGGCGGCCUCCUGUCCAAGCUAAACGGGACCAUCAGCACGCCGGGCUGGCCCAAAGAAUACCCACCCAACAAGAACUGUGUGUGGCAGGUGGUCGCCCCCACCCAGUACCGCAUCUCCAUGCAGUUCGAGUCCUUCGAGCUGGAGGGCAACGAGGUGUGUAAGUACGACUACGUGGAGGUGAGGAGCGGACUCUCCUCCGACUCCAAGCUGCACGGCAAAUACUGCGGCACCGAAGUCCCCGACGUGAUCACGUCGCAGUACAACAACAUGAGGAUCGAGUUCAAGUCGGACAACACCGUCUCCAAAAAGGGCUUCAAGGCUCACUUCUUCUCAGACAAAGAUGAGUGCAGCAAGGACAACGGCGGCUGCCAGCACGAGUGCAUCAACACAGUGGGCUCUUACGUUUGUCAGUGUCGCCACGGCUUUGUACUGCAUGAGAACAAACAUGACUGUAAGGAAGCUGAGUGUGAACACAAGAUCCUCAGCCCCAGUGGGACCCUGAACAGCCCAAACUGGCCUGACAAGUACCCCAGCCGAAAGGAGUGCACCUGGAACAUUGCAGCCAUGCCUGGACACCGAGUCAAAAUUACAUUCAACGAGUUUGAGAUCGAGCAGCAUCAGGAAUGUGCGUACGACCACCUGGAGGCCUUCGACGGAGACAGCGACACUGCGGCCAUCCUCAGUCGACUGUGUGGCAGUAAGAUCCCGGAGCCGCUGGUGUCUACGGGUAACAAGAUGUAUCUUCGCUUCAUUUCUGACGCCUCAGUACAAAGGAAGGGUUUCCAGGCUUCACACUCUACAGAGUGUGGAGGUCGGCUGAAAGCAGAAGCUCGUCAGAAGAACCUCUUCUCUCACUCCCAGUUUGGAGACAACAACUAUCCAGGCCACACAGACUGCGAGUGGCUGCUGACCGCCGAGCAGGGCUACGGCAUUGAACUCAGCUUCAUCACCUUCGAGGUGGAGGAAGAGGCUGACUGCGGCUAUGACUACAUCGAGCUGUACAACGGAUACGACUCCAAUUCACACCGGCUGGGUCGCUUCUGUGGUUCAGGGCCCAGAGAUGAGAUUUACUCACCCGGAGACACCAUGCUGAUCCGUUUCCAUAGUGACGAUACAAUCAGCAAGAAGGGCUUCCACAUCCUCUACACCAGCACCAAGUUCCAGGAGGACCUCCACACCAGGAAGUGACUUGAUCCGCAGCCCUCGACCUCUGAGCCCGACUCCGUUACCUCGACCUUCACCGUGGCAUUGAAGGACAGAAGUGCAGUCUGUGCCGUCGCCUCCUCGCGGGCGGAUGUGGACGUCCGCCGGCCAGCGGACGUCAAUAUUUGUCUCCCUCCAUGGGUCAACGAGGGUCAACGCACUCUGACAUAAGACGGGGGGAGAAAACUGAAAGAUCAGCAGACAUGGGGAUUAAUUUGAAGGAACUUCAUGCUGAAGACAAUGGGAACAGUUUCCACGGAGGAGAUGAUUUUAUGGUUUUAUGGCUGCACAGCACACACUGCGCUGGCUCAGAGACAGUCGAGAGGAUCCACACCAGUUUACUGAGUUAAUCGUCGUUGCACGAAUGUUUCACUGAACUACAUGAACACAGUCUAGAUUCAUUUUCAGAGUUACAAACUAUGGAUGCUGAACAUACUCCAGAGCUUUAAAAAAAAAGAAGACAAAGGAUCCGGCGUCUGGAGUCUCAUGACUUUUCAGCCCUUAAACUGUGUGACUUACUGUAAUCAGAUGGCUGCUUACAAAUACAGUAACUCAAGAAAAAAACUGACAAAAAAGGUGACAUUUUUAUUGCCUUUGAUGCCUGGGAACUGGUCUCUUUAACCCAGCUCAGAAUGGCUGCAAAUUAUUUUAUUUCACAUCUUUGUAUUAUAAAACCCAUUGUGUUUACUGUAUGUAUGUGUGUGUGCGAGAGAGAGAGAGAGAGAGUGAGAGAGUGUGUGUGUUUGUGUGUGAGGAGAAAAGAACAAAAAAAGGAUAAAGUUCGUCUUUUGCCCUUUUUGCUUUAAAACUUAAGCAGACAACCGUUCUAAAAUGGAAAGAAAGGAAGUAUAAAAAAACCAGUAGUGGAGAUUUUCCAUGUGAUCUGUGAUCUAAUGUGAAGCCUUGGCGUCAAUGUUGUGUUUCUCAAUUUGCACCAUCUUAUUGGAUGUUCCCAGUCACCCCUCCUCUCAAGUAAAUCUAAUCAUUCCUCUUAUUUCUUUUUUUUUUUUUCCAGUUGAUAUCAGAAGGGAUCAUUUUUCACAGCUGUCUCGUGGAAGUGUGUGAUAGGAGUGAUUCCCAUGGUGCUAAAAUAAAAUAAUAAAAACAAACAAACAAAAAAAAAACAUUGAAUGACAGUAGGUUUUUAUACGGGGAGGCCA